CAGUGCCUCAACGCGUACCCCGUCCCCUCUCACUCGUAACGUUCCUUUCUCCCCCGUCUUCUUUGGCGACCGCCGUUUUCCCCAAAUCAAAACCAUAGCUCCUACGAAAUCCCACUCUCCGCCUGAAAACCGUUGUAUCAGAAACCCUAAUCCGUCUCGAUACCCCAAUCUCCGUUUCUAGUAUGCUCUGAUAGUUCUGCCGUGGAAACCCUAAUUCGAUCGGGGACUUGGUUCGUGGAACGCUCUGUUGAUCGAGCAGCGGAAAGACGCGAUUUUCUUGCCCUCCGGAUCCGGAGUAAUUCUGUGGGAGAUUUUAAGUAUAUGCAAUGGACAUAAUCUCUCAGCUACAAGAACAAGUCAAUACAAUCGCACUUCUUGCUUUGAAUACUUUUGGAGCACUGCAAAGAGAUGCCCCACCAGUCCGACUUUCAUCAAAUUAUCCUGAACCGACUACUAACCCCUCAGAGGAGACAAUAAACAUUACAGAGCAUACCAAGACAACGAGUGCAACUUUGGUUCAAGCUGCAAAAACAUUUGAUGCACUUGUUGCUGCCUUGCCAUUAUCAGGAGAAGAUGAACAAUUGAAAAGAAUUGCGGAACUCCAGGCAGAGAACGAAGCCGUAGGUCUGGAACUUGAAAAACAACUCCAGGGUGCAGAACGGGAAUUGAAGCAGGUUCAAGAGCUGUUUAAUCAGGCAGCACACAAUUGUUUGAACUUGAAGAAACCAGACUGAUCAACCUGAAGGUAUGUGGGGAUAGUCGAUUUCUUGGAACAGCUAUGGACAGCAGCAUUUGUUUUUUUUUUCACGUUAUUUUGAGACGAAGGCCGGUGCAGCGGCAUUUGAUUUCUUGUAUUAUCACUAUAUGAGUUUGUUUCUAAUCUUACAAAGAUGGUCAUAUUUAUAUCUUGUAUUAUUUUCUUUGGAACCACUUUGAGACAAAUAGUUUUAGGAGAUAAUCAGGCUCCUUCAAUUGGAUUGAGAUAAUGAAACAUAAACACUUUCCAACACAGAGAGAAUACAGUUGUUUCCAAUUUAUUUC